UUGUUCACUACUUAAAAUAGAAAAGUAUGACCCAACCCAAACUAUCUAACCAAGUCCAAUGCAAUGCAACCCAAAAUCCCGAACAAAAUUAUUCUUUUAACUUUGCCCAACAAAACUCCCGUAGACUGUAGCUCGUAAAUUUGCCCACCACCUGUUCGAUGAAAUGCUUGAUCGAACUCUUCAAUAAAAAAAUCCCCCUCUUAACCUGGAUUUAAACUUAACCUUCUCAAAUUAGUCAUUUGAUUAUUUAGAGUUGAUUAUACCACUACUACAAUGCAACGAUUUUGCAAACUUGCAUCAUCUUCAAUUCAUGGUAUUGUCAACAAAACCUCGUCUUCUUCACUACAAGAAGCUGCGACUGCUACCCCAGGAAACUUCCUGAAAUGGGGUUCACUGGGUUUUGUUCGUACAUCAAAAUUUGCAUCUGGGUUUUCUCCAUUUGAAGUGAAACCAUUGAAUUCAAUCAUGGAUGUUGAGCGAGCUAAGUAUAAGACUCCUGAGGAUCUUGCUACAAUUUGGGAUGAUUUUCACUUAGGAAGAGGUCAUAUUGGUGCUACAAUGAAAGCAAAUAUGUACAAGUUAUUCGAGCAAAGGGCAAUUGAUUGUCAAUAUUAUGUCAUUCCCUUGUGGAGAGGAAAUGGAUACACAACCAUGUUUUCUCAAGUGAAGAUCCCACACAUUAUUUUCACUGGACUGGAAGAUUAUAAAGCUCGAGGAACUCAAGCAUCUCCUUAUAUUACAGUUACACACUACACUGAAUUUGCAGAUACCAAAGACUUGGUACUUGUUCGCGGAGACGUAGUAUUUACCAGCAAGCUCACUGAUGAGGAAGCAAAAGUGCUUUUGGAGACCACUCAAUCCUUUUAUCUUAAUGAUGUAAGGUACAAAUUAGUGGAACGGUUCAACAAACAGACCCAAGACUUCGAGUUCAAGGAUGUGUUGCAGGCCUUGAAUAUGCCUUCAAUGUAAUUUUUGUACUUCUCAAAAUGAUGAUAGCUUUAUUAUAUCUGUGGAAUUUGGGAAACAAUGUAGAAUAAAGCUCGAGAUGCAGAUGAGUUUCUUGCUUCCCGCUCCUAUUAAAGUUUUCUGUUGCCUUAAUGUUCAAUGCUUGUAUUGUAAUGCUCCGUGUGUAACUGUAGUCUGAUACUGAUAUUGAUCACCCAAUUGGACCACAACAAUAAUAACAUUGUAACUUUUCCCACCCCAA